AUGCCGCGGAGACACAGAUCAAGCAAGCGAUCCUGCAAGCAUCGACAAGCAAAUCUCGAGCCGGACUUCGUCCUAGCCAAGGGCCACGUCGUCAACGAAAAGAACCACCACUACCGGCCACGAAAAGACGGAAAUUCACCCAGGAGAUGCCGGGGCUCGUCGAUCCCGUCCGGACCCUCGAAAAAACACCGCCAUGACAGGCAUACUCGCCGCAUCGCCAUCGAGACAGACACGGACGGCGACUUCGCCAUGCUGCCCACCCCUCCAACCUCACCAGAGACCCCACUGCUCAAGCACGCGACGUCCAGAAAAGAUGGCCAUAACAAAAUGGGCAUUGUCGAGGGUCGCAGCAGACGAUACAGCCCGGAGCGUUACCCGUCUCCACGGUCCCCAAAGGUCUUCACAAGAGGCCCCAUCACAUCUGCCCAGCAGGUUCCCGGCGAAGUAACUUGGAAGAGCUUCCGUUUUCGACAUCACAUACUCUCUCUUCUCGACCAGCAGCGCGCCGCCGUCGAGUCGUGGGCCGACAGCGUCGGUGCUGGCGGGCCCGCGGAGCCAAUGGACUGGCAGCCAGAGCAGGAGCGGGUCGUCUAUAUCGCGCGGGACCCCGUGGAGUAUGGGUGUUAUGAGGACCGGUGGAGAGUGGAUCGCGGGCUGCAGGAGGAGGGACAGCAGUACCAGCAGGGUGUGUUGGCGAUGGCAACGACAUCGACGCCAUUCGUGGUACAGCCUGAGCUGGGGUCACGGGCCGGUGAGACGCCACUAGAUGGGUCGAGAAUGUGGGGGACGUCGGCAAUCGGGUUGGGGUUUCUCGGCGAGAUUGAAUGA